AUGGAGAGCUCAGCGAAUCCAGAGAAGCAAACCACCUCACCAACUCAAUUUUCACCAACUCCUACACAACCGUCACCUAACACUACCAUACCAUCUCAACCACCACCACAAUCAACUCAACCAGCUACUACUCAACUACCACCAAUGCCUCCACCACCGUUUUCGAAUCUAGACAACCUACCACCAUUCUCGACUCACUCAACAUCUCUUCAAUACCCAUCAUUCAACCAAACAUCUAAUGCCCAACAUUCUUCACCAUAUGUGAGAAUUGUACCCGAUGAACAUAUCAUCCCACCGAACCAAAGCCAACCCGUCAACUCAUCAACUAUGCUUCCCAUACCAAAUCAAUCUUCAUAUUAUCAACCAUCUCAGCAACAACAUUUCUCUGUCAGAACUUCAAUGUUUAAGCAAGGGGAUGGUUCGGGAGAGUUUGAAGAAGAUAUGAUGAGUAUGAGGGUUAUGUGGGAAAUCAUAGCACUAGGCAGGUGGUGA